AUGGCCGAUGGUAUGCUGCUGAAUUUUGCCGUCGACCAGAUUACUGCGCCGGCGGCUCAGAAGUUCAAAGGUGGGUCAUGGAAGGACCGUGUGCGGGCAAAGAACGCUGCCCGAUUCAACGCGCAACGGCAGGGUGAUCCCACGAGGCCGCUGCUCUCUCUGGACGGUGCGCCGAAGACGGGUCCAAAUGCUGAAGAUUUUCCUGAUCCGCGACCGGCGAAGCGAAGGCGAGAGAAUGGCUCGGCAGCCGAAAACCGCACACCAUCAACGAGACAGUCACAAACUACCGAUCGAAAGCACAUAAAUGCUGAUGGCUUCGUUUCGUCGCUCUUCACCUCAAAUCCGACUCCCGCAGCGGCUGAGAAAGAAGAAGAGGGCCUCGAUGAGAAGCCAAGCAACCCUUCCAAUGCUCCCUUGCCCGAUGGAAUAGACACUUUCACGUCGCUCGGCCUGUCGUCCAGCGUGGCUGCCCACCUGCUCACCAAAAUGGAGCUGAAGAACCCGACAGCUAUUCAGAAAGCGGCGAUAACACAGAUGUUGAAAGAGCAGGGCGAUGCUUUCAUACAAUCUGAGACUGGUUCUGGCAAGACCUUGGCAUAUCUGCUACCCAUUGUCCAGAAGAUUAUCAGCAUGGCUAAGCAAAAUGACAGUGAGAACGCGGUGCAUAGAGAUUCAGGUCUCUUCGCUAUCAUUCUCGCGCCAACAAGAGAACUCUGCAAGCAGAUUUCGGUCGUGCUUGAUCGGUUACUCGGAUGUGCACACUACAUUGUCGCUGGAACGGUCACGGGAGGCGAGAGGAAGAAAUCGGAGAAGGCUCGUUUACGGAAGGGAUUGAACUGUCUCGUUGCAACGCCCGGUCGUCUCGUCGAUCAUCUGGAGAACACUGAGGUACUCAAUGUCGGUUACGUGCGGUGGCUGGUCUUAGAUGAGGGUGACAGAUUGAUGGACUUGGGUUUUGAAGAGGACAUCGGUAAGAUCAUCACCAGUCUUGACCAGAAGCGACGAAAGAGCACAAGAGCGGGACUGCCUGAGAAGCGAACCACAGUCCUAUGCUCCGCGACGCUCAAAAUGAACGUCCAGAAACUUGGUGAGAUCAGCUUGAAGAACGCAACUCUGAUCAAGAGCGACGAAGACACGCCCACCAGCGAGACUUCAGCCUUCCUCGCCCCUGCACAGCUGAAGCAGUCAUAUAUCGUCACUCCCUCCAAGCAACGACUCGUCACACUCACCGCGCUUCUGAAACGGACAUUCGCGCGCAAAGGGUCCGUGAUGAAAGCCAUCGUCUUUGUAUCCUGCGCCGACAGCGUCGACUUCCACUUCAACGUCUUCACACGCGGCCACGAGGGCGACGAAGUGCGUGCCUCAUCCCUCAGCGAACACCUGGACAUCUAUCGCCUUCACGGAUCCCUACCGCAGCCGGUCCGCACAUCCAUCGUGCGCAAGUUUCAUGCAGCCACGACCCCCUCCCUGCUCAUAGCCACCGACGUCGCCUCCCGCGGCCUGGACCUGCCCAAUCUCGACCUCGUCAUCGAGUACGACCCGGCCUUCUCCUCCGACGACCACCUCCACCGCAUCGGCCGCACCGCGCGCGUCGGGCGCGACGGUCGCGCCAUCAUCUUCCUGCUACCGGGCUCCGAAGAAGGCUACGUAUCGGUGCUCCGAUCGUCCUACAAGCCCGGCUCCGGCGGCUCCGUGACGUCCACGUCUGCGGACGAGGUGCUGCGCAAGGGCUUCAGCCCGGCCGUGGACGCGAGCCAGAAGGAAUGGGAGAAUAAAGCGACGCAGUGGCAAUUGGACCUCGAGCGGUGGGUGUGGGGCGACAAGACCACCGCGGAGAUGGCGAAGAAGGCGUUCCAGAGCCAGAUUCGCGCGUACGCGACGCACGUGGCCGGGGAGCGGCAGUGGUUCGACCUCAAGGCGUUGCAUUUGGGGCACGCGGCUAAGGCGUUUGGGCUGCGGGAGGCGCCGGCGAAUUUGAAUGUGGCGGGGAUGGGGAGGGAUGGCGGGAAGGGGAGGACGCUGGCGAUGAAGAGGAAGGCUGGUGGUGCUGAUGGGGAGCAUCGUGGAGAGCAGAAGAAGAUGGAGGUGGAGGAUGUCGGUGAGGCGGAUCAGGCGGCGAAGAAGAUGCGGGAUGUCGUGAGGAAGCAGAGGAAGAUGAUGAUGGGAGCUGGCGCUGAUGAAUUCAACCUGGCGUGA